GAGUAAAAUAACAUUGCAAAAGUUGGUACUAUGUGGAUCACUGUGAAGUGGGUAGAACCCCAGGGCUGCACUCACACAGACUCUGGUUCCUGGGCCAGUCAAAAGCAGCCCUGGCCCAGCACGGGCUUUUGGCCACUUCCAGGACUCUCCAAGCCACGGCGCUGGGCAGGAAUGCCUGAGCCCCUGCCCAGGUAAGUGGCCGGCGAGAAGGAAAGAAUAGCGGCAGUUCCUCCAGGUACUAUUCUCCGGAGGCAAGGCGACCCGCCGCGGCACUGCGCGGUCUGGUCCGCAGUCCGCAGAACCCGGGCACUUGCUGCUCUCUGGCGGCCGGAGCGGGAGCCAGGACCUGGGAAUCGCGCCUUCUAAGCUCUGCGCGCCCAAGGGCAAUCGGCGAGUGACCAGGAGGCUGGAGAGGGCGGGAGGAAGAGGGACGCAGCUCAGAGCAGUGGAGGACGAGGCCCAGGAGAGCGGCGGGAGGGGGCGCGAAGGGCACCGUGAGGGCAGAGGACCGGCGCGGGCGCCCGCUGCGAGGCGUAGGUGGCUGCUGCGGGGCCGAGCGUCAGCCGCAGCCCCUCCGGACCCUGGCACCCGCGGGCCCCGCGCGCAGCCCCUUCUCCAGUGAGUGCGGCCCCUCGCGCCGGCCGUCCCCUCCUGCCUCCCGCGCCGCCCCUCCUCCGGCCCGCCUCCCUCGCCCAGUUGGGAGGCUGCAGUGGCCGCUACCGGCACCGUGGGUCCCGGAGCCGCCGUUCUGCCCACUCGCCCCGGCGCUCUCUGAGCGGACCACGGCCCGGCCCCGGCUCUUCGGUCCUGCUCUUGACCGGCCCUGGGGUCCCCGGCUGCUGCCGGACCUGCCAGCUCUGACCUCGGGUAGCGGCUCCGCGUCCCCAGAACUUGGACAGGACCCCGACGGAGCAGCGCAAGUGGCUGGACCGAAGCUCUGCAGCUAUGCCCGCGGUCCCCUCGCCUGCCCGCCGCUCGCCCAGCGCCCCAGCUCUGCCCCCGACGGCUGCGCGUUGAGAUGACUUUCCAGGACCUCCUGAGCGUCACUUUCGAGGGACCCCGCCCGGACAGCAGCGCCGGGGGCUGCGGGGCGGGCGGCAGUGGGAGCGGCGCGGGCAGCACGGCGGCCUCAGAGGGCCCGGCGGUGGGCGGCGUGCCUGGGGCAGCGGGCGGAAGCGGCGGCGUGGUGGGCGCGGGCGGCGGUGAGGACAACCGAAGCACAGCCGCUGAGCCUGGGGGUGCUGGUGCGGGCGGAGAGGUCAACGGCACGGCGGCCGUCGGGGGGCUGGUGGUGAGUGCUCAGGGUGUGGGCGUGGGCAUCUUUCUAGCGGCCUUCAUCCUCACCGCCGUGGCGGGCAACCUGCUUGUCAUCCUCUCCGUGGCCUGUAACCGCCACCUGCAGACAGUCACCAACUACUUCAUCGUCAACCUGGCCGUGGCCGACCUCCUGCUGAGCACCACGGUGCUACCCUUCUCAGCCACUAUGGAGGUCCUGGGCUUCUGGGCGUUCGGCAGGGCCUUCUGCGACGUGUGGGCCGCCGUGGACGUGCUGUGCUGCACGGCCUCCAUCCUCAGUCUAUGCACCAUCUCCGUGGACCGGUACGUGGGCGUGCGCCACUCGCUCAAGUACCCAGCCAUCAUGACCGAGCGCAAGGCGGCAGCCAUCCUGGCGCUGCUUUGGGCUGUGGCCCUCGUGGUGUCAGUGGGGCCGCUGCUGGGCUGGAAGGAGCCUGUGCCCCCCGACGAGCGCUUCUGUGGCAUCACUGAGGAGGCGGGCUACGCUGUCUUCUCUUCCGUAUGCUCCUUCUAUCUUCCCAUGGCUGUCAUCGUGGUCAUGUACUGUCGCGUGUACGUGGUCGCGCGCAGCACUACACGCAGCCUCGAGGCCGGCGUCAAGCGCGAACGUGGAAAGGCCUCAGAGGUGGUGCUGCGCAUCCACUGUCGCGGGGCGGCUCCGGGCGUGGACGGGACGCGCAGCGGGACGAGGAGCACCAAGGGCCACGCCUUCCGCAGCUCGCUGUCCGUGCGCCUGCUCAAGUUCUCCCGCGAGAAGAAGGCGGCCAAGACUCUGGCAAUCGUGGUGGGCGUCUUUGUGCUCUGCUGGUUCCCCUUCUUCUUCGUCCUGCCGCUCGGCUCCCUGUUCCCGCAGCUAAAGCCGUCCGAGGGCGUGUUCAAGGUCAUCUUCUGGCUGGGCUACUUCAACAGCUGCGUGAACCCACUCAUCUAUCCCUGCUCCAGCCGCGAGUUCAAGCGUGCCUUCCUCCGUCUCCUGCGCUGUCAAUGUCGCCGCCGCCGCCGCCGCCGCCCUCUCUGGCGCGUCUAUGGCCACCACUGGCGGGCCUCGACCAGCGGCCCGCACCCCGACUACGCCCCCAGCCCGGGCGCCGCGCCUCCCGGAGCCCCUCUGGCCCUCACUGCUCCCCUGGCCCCGGGCACGCCAGAGGCGCGAGCCGCGGUCCCUGGCCGGCGAAAGCUGCCCAGCACUUUCCGCGAGUGGCGGCUGCUCGGGCCCUUCCGGAGACCCACGACGCAGCUGCGCGCCAAGGUCUCCAGCCUGUCCCACAAGAUCCGUGCCGGGGGCGCGCAGCGCGCAGAGGCUGCUUGCGCGCUGCGCGCGGAGGUGGAGGCCGUGUCCCUCGGCGUUCCCCAGGAUGUGGCGGAGGGCGCCACCUGCCAGGGCUAUGACGAAGCGGACUAUACCAACCUCCGGGAGACUGAUAUUUAAGGACUCCCGAGCUAGGCUGAGGAGAGUGCGCGAGGCAGGGCUCAGGGGCGUUGUGGGGAGGGAGGAGGGCUUUGUUCACGAGGCCUUUGUAGAUCAGAGACUCGGAAACCGAUCAGGUGGUGGCUGGACUUUGGGGGUGGAGGCUUGAAGGCAAUCCUGGGGCCCUCUGCUGGACACAGGUGUCCAGAUCUCUUUUCCUAGGAAAAAGGACUAGGAGACCUGUGAAGUCUUUGGGUCCUGUUUCUGUUUGAGAAACUGCUGGUCGGCCUGGCCUGGAGCCCGAUCGACAGGCAGCCCUAAAAUGGCCAGGCAGCCUACCCCUGCCCCUGCCCAUGCCCCUCGGGAGGAAGAACACGGAGGCCUUCUCGCUGCCCCCGGGAAAUGGUCAGUGGAGCCAGGGGGCCUCGGUGGUCACAUUUCUCCUUACUGCCACCCAGAGGAACCCCUUGCACCUGUCACCAACCACCUGCAAGUUUUGAUGGCCUGUUAGACGGCUGACGUACAAGCCUGAUGUAUUUCCCCUGGGCCCACUCCCCCUACCCACACCCCCAGCUUGGCCCUGCACACCCAUCACCGGCCCUGCUCCCUUGCUUCCCUCCAGGGCCUUACUGUUUACACUCUGUACAUAGCUCAUUGUGCCUGUGUCCAUCACUUCUUGCUGGGAUUCCAAGCUGCCAGAUGGGGAGAGCUUUAUUUGUCAUUUUGAAACAUAUUUAUUGGUAAGAGUACUUAUAUUUUGUCCAAACUGUGCAAGCUAUUCCUCUUUAGCUUAUAUUCCAUAAAGCCUUUCUUUUUUUCCUAAAAACUUUAUGCCAACAGAAUAGACUGGGUCUACAUUCACCUUUGUAGUUCCAAUUUCACUGUCUUUAACUGAUGGCUACUAUCCUUUGGGACUUCUAGUAGAACCAAAGGACUUAGGAAUCUUGUUGGCUUUUAAAUUUUGCAUGAUCAGUCUUGGGAAACAGCAAUUAUAAGCACAAGUUUUCCCUUUGUCAGUCUUCCCACAUGCAGCUCUGAUGCUUGGAGGGCCUCUCCGAGGAAGGUGGCCAUCAGUUAAAUGGGUAAAUGUUAUUUUACAUGAAAAAAUAUACAAACCCAAGUUGACAAGUAUACAGAGGUGUUGUGUGAAGCCAUACCUGGGAACCAGGCUUAUUAGCUUUGAGUAACACCUCACAUUCCUGGGGACUGUAGGCAAGUCAGUUUUCAGCUAGAUGACACCAACCACAGGACUGUGGCCAGGGAGCCCAGGGGAGGAGAACUGGAUAAACAAUGCCCCAGGGUGACUAGGUUUGUUCUGAAACUGGAAGAGCCUGCUGCUAGAGCCAACACAGACAAAUACUGUGAGCCAAGCUUCAGGACCUGUACCAGGGAGGAAGUCAAAAUGAAAGGUCACAGCAAUUUCAAGCUCUUCAUGCUAGUUUCAGGAGGAUGAAAGGGCAGGCAGUAACAGGGCUUGGAAGGGGAUAUUUUACACACAGGUCUAUGACAGGGUCUGCGUUUGGUCAGGGAAAUGUGUGGCAGGUGCUGGAACCAUGCUGAGCACUCUAAAGAGGGCCCCACUUUGGGGUAUAAUGGCUGCCACAAAGCUAGAAGUUAGCUUUGGCUGUCUUUUCAGAGGCUGAGGCCGUCAGUCAAGCCGAUGGUCAUGGAAAGGACAAAUGCCAGUGGCAAGUGAUUUGACAUUGGCCUCUUGGGUAGGGGUAACUCAAUCUGUUUCAGUAUCAGUCUUGGGCUUGAGAAGACUCCCUGGUGUCUCUGGAUGGGCUUCCACAUGCCACAAUAGGAGAGUCGACAGGUGGAGGCUUCAUUCAGAAGGUUUGGGGGGCCUCCCUGCCUAUAGCAACUCGGUAAAGUGGAGGCAGGGGUAUGACAGCUUGCUCAGCACUGGCUUCAAGUUCAAGUCUCAGUCCUAUCUCCAGACACGGGGACUCUGCACAUAGUUGCCUUCUCCAGUGUGCGCCACAUCAGCCCCUGAGCCUGCAGAAGGUGAGGGAGGAAAGGGGGCCCCAGAGAGGCCAUGAGGCAGCAGGAGCACCUGGGACCUUGUUCUGAUAACCAAUAAAGCCCUGCUGCUGAUCUUGCUCUUAGGACUGAACAGGAUCACAGAAUGGAGGGAACCUCAGCAGCCUUUCUGGAGGGGGCAGGUGUUGGCAAGUGAUUUGGGGAAC